AUGGCUAGCACUCAGGGUGUCAACGUCUUCCGUUACUCGGCUCUCGUUGCCGGUCUCAUUUACGGAGUCUACCACCAGUCAUCCAUUACCCAGGCUGCCAAGCGCACAGAGAUCGAGCACGAGUACGCCCGCAAGGAGCGCUUGAUCGAGCAGGCCAAGGCCGAGUGGAAGAAGAAGACCCAGCCCAAGCAGGAGACCACGCAAUCCAGUGGAUUGAUUACCGAUUUCGAGGACCCCAAGUUCGAUCUGGAGGCUUUCUUGCUGGCCAAGGCUAAGGAGAACCCUUGA